AUGAAGAGGUUCCUGAAGCACAUCAAAGGAAAGCGCCCUCGAAGCAGAGACGCAGGCGGGCAAACAGGCGCUCUGGAUGUGGACGAAGCAUCGAGUGUUGAACAGGAGCGAUUACCGCCAGAACUGCAAGCUCUGGCAGACGAUUCUCGCCGCUAUGGGCUCAGAAGACUCCCCUCACUACCAGAAACACCUAUAUCUGACCAGACUUACGAAGUCAGCAUUGUUGCCGUGCACGGUCUCGGAGGUGAUUUCUACAGGACUUGGGCGAGCCGCGAUCCCCAGACACCGACCUUGUGGCUUUCACAACUUCUUCCGAAAGACUUGCCUGGCGCACGAAUUUAUUCCUUUGGGUAUGAAUCUGCACCAACCUUUAGCCGCUCCGUGACAGGCAUCAGCGACGCCGCGAACGACCUACUCCAUGGCUUAAAGUCUCUGACCGAGCAGAGGGAGUCAGAUUGCGGCAGCGUUGCUCCCCGUGCAACAUUUACCAAUUUCUGUUUGGAUCUCUCCUUCACCUCGAAUUUUACUGGUUCGAUGAGGACCAAUCUGAUCAGCAUGUUAUCGCGAGAUUCGGCAAAGCUCGAUGAGGUCAACCAAUCAUUCAAAAGAAGAGCCGCUGCCAUGACCAUUAUUUCGUGCUACGAAAGAGUGACACCUCCUGGUUGUUCUAAACUGGUCGUUGAAAAACAAUCCGCCAUUCUUGGACUACCGGAGGAAAUCGAGAUAUCUAUUCAAGCCGAUCACAUGGCCAUGUGCCGCUUUUCGUCAAGGAAUGACCCUGGUUAUGAACCACUGGCGCGAGCCAUAGUCUAUGCUGUGAAGCAGAUGACGCCCGACACCUCGCAUCAUUCUUUCACAGAAUCUGAAAGCAGAUACAUGGCGACGUUAAGCCGACAACCUGAUGUUCCUAUUGACGAGCCCUUGCAAGGCACUUGUGUCUGGUCCGUCUCCACUCGAGAAUAUCGCGAUUGGCGGGCCGAACCUAAGCCAGCUGUUCUGUGGUUGACAGGCGAUGCAGGCUGUGGGAAAACCGUACUUACCAACUUCCUUGUCCGAGAGCUGAGAAACGGCGCGGCACCGAGCUCGACAAAGGGCGAGCUGGUUUGCUGCUUCUUCUGUUCCAGGGACAUCGAGUCGCAAAAAGACGCACGGUCUCUUCUGAGGUCGCUCAUAUGGCAAAUCCUGCCGGUCGAGAAAGACGUGGUCCGUCAGAUCAAGGCGGCUUACAGCUCGAUAAGGCAUGAAUAUGAGCCAUCCUUCGAGACUCUCUGGCACGUGUUCGAAAUGACUGUGCGAGUCAGCUCGUGCACUCAUCUGUACAUGGUCAUUGAUGCCUUGGAUGAAUGUGAGGAGAAGUCACGAUCACUGUUCCUAACAAAGUUUCUCAACAUGAUACGACCUAGGAGCCUGGAUGGCGGCGAGACGUGGCGCAAGAGAAUCAAACUCAUCAUCAGCGGACAGCCCCUCGUCAGCCGAGCUUGGAAAAUCGGGCAUGAAAGCCUCCACCAACUCUACAUUGAUAUGGAGAAGCGUCCCGAGGGUUUGGUGGAGGACCUUCAACGGUUCGUCGACUACAAAGUGGAAGACCUGGUUGACAACGCCAUCUGCUCCGAGGCCCUCGGCGAGCAGUUGAAGCGGACUCUUUCUUCUCUGGCCGAGAACUCGUUUCUCUGGCUGAGCGUCGUGCUGGAGGACCUCAAGCAGGGCUUGAACUAUCGCGAUGCCGAUGUACAAAGGGUAUUGGCCUCCAUUCCUGGCAACCUGAAGGAUUCCUACACGAAGCAUCUUCCACCGAUAUCGGAAAGCCAAUUGCCGCGAUUGAGGUGUUAUCUGCAACUGCUGGUAGCAUGUGCGAGACCGUUGACGCCAUCUGAAGUCGACGUCUUCGCGACACUGCACCAUCAGCAGUCGACCGCGUCUAUUUCUCCCGUCGAUGGGGCGUUGGUGCUGAAUAGCCUUCGUCGCGCUCUAGGGCCUCUGGUCAAGUUUCCCGAUGGAAAGGUCCAAUUCAUCCACUCGACGGUAAAGGGAUAUCUCUUGGCCCUGCAAUCUGAACCCGACCAUCUGCUUCACAAGACCCACGGCGUGGAGCUCGACACGGCACAUUCGCUUCUCGCGAAAGCUUGCAUCCAAACCCUCCUGCAGGAGGCGGAUAGCCCCGAUGCACCCGACGAAGAGAGACUUUCCCUAGAGGUGUCCCCGUCCAGUCCCAUCUCUGCCUGUUCUUCGAGAGGCCAAGCCGACCACGACCAGGACGCACCUUGGACGGAAUUGUUCAGCAUUGAGGAUGUCGCCUUCCUGCGAGAUGAAAACACCAUCUCAGACGACGUCUUGUCACAUCUCAGCGGUCACUACCCGAGUUACGAUUAUGCCACGCGGUAUUGGGAUUAUCAUUACACCCAGGCCGAAUUCCUCGCUGAUGCUUCUAUUCAACAAGAUGCAAUCAAGCUGCUGUCCUGCGGGUCACCGCGACUCUCUCGAUGGUACAAGUACAAAGCCAACCAUUCACCUACUGCGAUGCCUGGUCAAUCUGACGUUGACGCUCUGAUCCUCGCGGCCUUGUUCAAUUUCCCAACAAUCUUGCAGACGCUCUUAUCGACCCCUGGACCUCCCAGACAAGGCAACAAGCUUCAAUCUGCACUAUAUUGGGCGUCGUCCCGCGGUCAUGUCCAGUCCAUCAACGUCUUACUCGAGCAUAAGGCACCUCUUCUCGACGCAGAUCGUGAUAGAUCAGCGUUGGCUGUCGCCGUUCAAGGCGGACACGCUGAGGCCUGCGAAGUGUUACUCGGCGCGGACGGUGCUGAUCCCAAUUAUUCCGGUCUGAGAACUCUACCACCCCUUGCCCUCGCCGCGGCCCAUAACCAUGUCGAAAUAUUGGUCGGGCUGCUUCAGCAUGCAUCCAUUGACGUUACUCAGGCCGAUGCGUCAGGACACACGGCCCUCAUCCAAGCGUGCUGUUACGGCUCCGACCAAUGUCUGAAAGAACUAUUGCGAGACGACCGCACCAACAUCAACUCACGUGAUAGAGACGGCCGCAGCGCCCUGAUACACGCUUCCAUGUCAAGCAAUGCAUUCGCGGUGGAAAGGUUGCUGAGGAACUCGUUAUUAGAUGUGCAUGUGUGCGACAAGUACGGCCGAAAUGCCAUGUCCUAUGCGGCCGACAAAGCCACACUCCCUAUCGUCAGGCGCUUGUUCCACGCGCAAGUGUCUAUUGCAAAAGAGGAUGCCAACGGUCGAAACGCCAUCUCGUGGGCAACCAACAGCUCCGGAGCGACCAAGGACCCCGACCAUCACGGACAGUGUGUCCUUGAAUACCUCGUGAAGAAAUGCCCUAAAGGCGCCGACUCCCAGGACAAAGACGGUUGGCCGGCUCUAGCCUGGGCCAUGGACCGACCUGGAUAUCUCGAAGCUAUCCGAAUCCUUGUCGAAAAGGGCAAAGCGGACGUCAAUCAGAGAAGUCAAGCCGGCGGUCGUUCCUUGCUGGCUUGGGCGGCCACUGAGGGGUUUACGCAGAUUGUCGAAUACCUGUUGAGUCUGCCGCACUUGGACAAGAAUGCGACAGGCGCCGAAGGCCGAUCGCCGUUGUCAUACGCCGCGGCAAACGGCAACGUGCGUAUCGUAGAAUUGCUUUUGGGCGACAGCGAGGUCAGGGCGGAUUUGCGGGAUUCGAAGGGGAGGACCGCCAUGGAUUGGGCACGGAUGAAUCAUCAGGACGCAAUCGUUUCCGUACUAUCUAAACACGGUUUGGAGUAG